AAAAACGCAGGGAAAAACGGGUGCAACUGGUCCGUGUGGUUUUUAAAGUCGUUCAUAUAAUAUUCAUAAUAUCGUGUAGGCUCUAACUACUGUAUUAAAUUAAGAUAAGGAUAGAUGUAGCAUGGUUUAUUGUGGUAAAAGCCGUUCUCCAGAUACUCCAUGGUCGUGGGUCGUCUGUGUGUCAACAGCUAUCACUACUUUUCUUCAUUAUGGAUUUUCCUUAAGUUUUGGAGUAUUCCUGCCCGUUCUUUCGGAGUAUUUCCAAUCUAAUAAGGAGGAAACAGCCUGGGUUGGCUCGAUUGCCAUUUCACUCACCAUGUUCUCUGGUCUUUUUGCUGUCGCACUGGUCAGUUGCUUUGGCCACAGAGCUACUGCAAUGGGAGGUGGUCUCGUGUGCUCAUUAUCUCUAAUAUGCAGUUCAUUUGUCAACAAUUUGAGAAUUCUUUAUUUUUCUUAUGGUGUACUUUAUGGACUUAGUGCUGGUAUUAUAUUAAACACCUGUUUAACUUUGAAUAAUUUAUACUUCAAGAAAAACCCAGCUUUACCAACUGGAAUUAUGGCAAUGGGAUCUAGUCUAGGUGUUAUAGUAUUCGGGCCGUGUCUAGAAGAACUUGUUGAAGCAUUAGAGUGGAGGAAUACCUUCAGGAUCAUGGGUGGAGUCUUGCUGUUAAUGUGCUUUCUUUCUAUCACUUAUGACCCUGUUGACACUGACCUUGGGAAUGAAUUGGAAUCCCUUGAUAAAGAAGCAAAGAAAAUAGGUCUAAGUAUCAAGGAGUGUGUGUCAUUAUUCACCAAUCGUACCUUUACUGUUGGACUAAUUUCAAGUAURAUGAUAUUUCUGGGAUUUUAUGUUCCUUUUGUUCACUUGGUCCAAUUUGCAAAAGACACAAAGAUUCCAAGUAAAGCAGCGGCCCAACUCUUUAUUUACAUUGGUAUUUGUUCCUCUCUGUCUCGGAUUGCUAUUGGCAAGGUUCUUGACAAAGCAUGGCUCACUCCACUACGAUGCCUUCAGCUGAUGUCCUUCAUAAUAGGAUUGUCCAUCAUCUUUCUGACUUUUGCCAAGGAAUACAUGCAUUUUGUCAUAUUUGCUGUGAUAUAUGGUCUUGCCAAUGGUGCAUUCAUUACUAAUAUUGCAAUGUUUUUCCUGAGUGUUGGUGGACGUGAAAGGGCUCACAUCAGUCUUAGCACAGGAUACAUGUUUGUCUCAAUCACUAUUUGUGGAGGACCACCAUUCAUUGGAUUUAUAGCAGAUGAGCUUGGUUCUUAUAUCCCAUCAUUUUACGUAGCUGGUGGCAUUGUAAUAUUUGCUUCUAUAUUCCCAUUUGUUCUUUUAUUCUGUGAUAACACGGGAAGGGCUGAAUAUAGACUAAAGGAAGUGGAACUCCAUAGUCAAGAGGACAAUGACCAGAAUGUACUAAAAACACAUGGAAAAACCUUAUUUAUAUCUUCUGUAUAGGUAAUGGUGACUAUUGUUUUAAUGAGAAAUGAUCAUGAGUAAUCACAUAUUUAUACUAUUUAAUGGGUAAAUAAAUAUAUAUUUGUUAAAGAAGGAAAAAAUGAUCAUGAGAGUAA